CUCUUCCUCACUUUGGUGAGAAUGCCCGUAAGAAAUCAUCACAAUUGUUAAGAGCAUGAUUUUGCAAUGCAAACAUUAAGAAUCCGGAUAUGGGUGGGUUGGUACGUACUUACAGGUACAGCAAAAAUGUAUCGUGGCUGGGAUCGGCGAGGUGGGCGAAGAGGUUGUCAAUGGGUCCGGUACAGGUAUGUAUGUAUCGGAACCACGCACCCAUUACGGCUAACAUAGCCAGCCUCCCGUUCUUUAUUUCCUUUGUCCUCAACUCCUCCACCUUAUCGGGGAACCCGCUUCCCAACCCCGGAAGGGUCAAACCACAGCCCACCCAGGUAGCUGAGAUCAAUUCUCGUGAGCUUGUUGUUGGAGAAAAUUGGGUCUGUAUUUACGCAUCCAGGCUUGAUGAUAUCAGCCCACCGUCGAUGAACUAUAAACAGAGUGGUGGUGUCGAUGAAGUAUUCCUGCUCCCCAGUGGUGUACCAGGUAGGGGGUUUUCAGAAUCUCGAUUUUAAUCAGGAAUUCCGAGAUGAAAACCCCGGCGACACCCAACAUUGCCCAUCUGAGCCCACCUGCGAUGCACCAGCUCUGCUUGCACGUUGCAUCUUAGAGUCUCAGGAUCACACCCUGUUCAAGAAAAUCCCAUUUCAAAA